AUGGGCAUCAACAACCCCCUCCCCUCCUCCAUGCAAUCGGAGUGCAAGAAAUGCGGCAAGAUUCUCGCCUCCUUUGUCAACCCCCGCCAAGCGUUUGGCCCCGAAAAGGUCAUUCCGCCCUCGAUCCUCGCCAACGCAAAGGGCCUGGCCAUCAUCACGGUCCUCAAGGCCGGCUUCCUCGGCAGCGGCCGCUUUGGCAGCGGCCUCGUCGUCGCGCGCCUGCCCGACGGCUCCUGGAGCGCGCCCUCAGCCAUUGCCACGGCCGGCGCCGGCUUCGGCGGCCAGAUCGGCUUUGAGCUGACCGACUUUGUCUUCAUCCUCAACGACGCCAGCGCCGUCAAGACGUUUGCGCAGGCCGGCUCGCUGACGCUCGGCGGCAACGUCUCCCUCGCCGCGGGGCCCGUCGGCCGCAACGCCGAGGCCGCUGGCGCCGCCUCCCUCAAGAGCGUCGCCGGCAUCUUCAGCUACUCCAAGACAAAGGGCCUCUUCGCCGGCGUCUCCCUCGAGGGCUCCGCCAUCAUCGAGCGCCGCGACGCCAACGAGAAGCUCUACGGCACCCGCUACACCGCCCAGCAGCUCCUCACCGGCUCCGUCUCCCCGCCGCCCCAGGCCGGCCCCCUCAUGGACAUUCUCAACUCGCGCGUCUUUAGCGGCAUGCGCGCCGGCGCGAGCGUCAGCGACGAAAGCAUCUACAACGACGUCCCUGUCUACAGCGACAGCCGCGACGACUUUGACCGCUUCAACAGCAGCACGAGCGGCAACGGGCCUGCGGGCCCGCGACGGACGAAUACCUGGCAGGACGAGACGUACGACCGCGACCAGGGUUACAACGCCCCCUCGAGAGCCGGCACCUUUUCCUCGUCGCACAACAAUCACAACAGCAGCAACAAUGGCUACUACGAUAACCCGCCCUCGGACCGUAAGCAGGCUCCCGGUCGCCCAUCGGCCCCGAAACCGACAUUCAACACGGCCGCGUCGCUGAACAAGAACGAGGCCAUUGCGCUAUACAACUUUGACGCGGACCAGCCUGGCGACUUGGGCUUCAAAAAGGGCGACGUGAUUACGGUGCUGAAGAAGACGGAGAGCGACAACGACUGGUGGACUGGCAUGGUUGGCACGAGACACGGUAUAUUCCCUAGCAACUACGUCAAGAUGAGGACCUAG